AUGUCCAAGGACCACAAGGACCUGAAGGGCAGGGCAGAGACCCUCCGCCAAUUGCAACGAAAGGACUCGCUCACCUCGCUCCUCUCGUGGACUGCUGGUCGGACCGGGAUCGGGAUCCCUGUUGCGAGACCGUCCACAGCGCCUGCUUCAUAUUCCCCGUCUUCAACGAACGCCAAUCCUCCCGAGAGCGGCUCCUUCAACAGCAACCACAAUAAUAGCAAGCAGCGGAGACAUAGCCAUAGCGGCCACACCAACAGCAGCGGCUCUUUCACUAUCGAUGUCAAGAAGAAGGCACGUAUAGAAUCUGGCACUGUUCGCCUCCUGGCGUCGAUCAACCCAGCAUUCCAGCAGAGACCAAGUGCUAAGACGAGACCUGCAAAGACAUCCCCCGUUGUGAGUCUGAAAGAGGACAACAACAGUGAUAAGAUGAGCGUCAAGACGGCAAUCAAGAGUGACUCAGAGAAGGGCAGUGCCCCGAGUGCUGGUGCUCGUCGUCCCAAUACCCCUGUUCGGUACAAGUACCCACACCACAGCCCUCAGCGGCCCAAAUCUAUCCUCCGUAACCCCAAACCCGACGUCUCCAAGCGGCCACGAACCCCCUCGGCUUCAUCCUCCUCAGAAGAACCCGGCCAGACUACGCCCCCACUCUCUCCCUCCUCCAGCACCACGACCUCCUCCGACGCCCCGGCAACCCCUCCUCUCUCACCAUCCCUCAACAAUAAAUUCCCUCAAUCUCAAACUCAAAACAAGACACCAAGGGAACCCACGGUCCGCUUCGCCAAAGCCACAAUCCACCACAUCGAGGUCUACUCCCCCGGGGCGAAGCUCUUGCCCGUGAAGCGCAAGUCGCGGAGUACGCUGAGCUAUUUAGACCCAUCAUGGCGCAGCUUGCCGAAGAAUUUAACGCAGAAUCCGGUGAAAUGGAGGCGACAUCAGGAGAACCAGAAGGCUAUGGGACGAUAUUGGCGGAGAACAGAGGAGGAGGAACAGAUGUGGCGACGGGAGAUGGAACGUAGGGCGGAGGAGGAGGCUAGGGCGUAUAGAAGUGAGCCUGCGGCUAGGCCGGGCAGUCCGGAAUUGAAUAUCUGGGUGAAUGGGGGGAAGUUGGCGAGCGCCGUCGUGGAUGAUAAGUGGCCUUUGGCGUCCGAGACUGAGGAGGAGGAGCUUAGGGAACAAGAUGAGGAGAAGGAUAAGCUAGAGGAGGUGCUGGCUGAGGAUGAGGAUGAGGUAGAUAAGUUGGAGGAGGUCUUGGCGGAAGAGGAAAAGACUCGAGGGCCAGAGCAAAGCCUAGAUGAGAAGAAACAGGAGGACGAAGUAUCAGGGACGAAGUCCAAGUCCCAAACAGACGAACAAACACAACCGACACAACAACACAAGCCCCAAGCGGCCCCAACCCUCGACCACCCAACCAACUCCUACCUCCCGCUCACCGAGCCUCCUCAGCUCAGCUCACCGACAUCCGAGCACCAGCAACACUCGACUUCCCCAUCCUCACCAUCCUCAACCGAGUCAACAUCCCCCCCACCCAACUGGAACCCCUCCUCAACCCCGCUCAAAAUCAACCCCUUCUCCAAACCUUCCGACGAGCGCCUGCCCCUCCUAGAACGGCGUGCCUCUGCACCAGCCCUCACAGCCCUGCGCACAUCCUCAUCACGCUACCGCUCCCUCUCCCGCUCGCCAGCACGCAUGGAGCGGACGCACAUGGGGAUGGCGUCGCCUGUGUUGAAGCCUAUUGCAAUGUCUGUGCCCGUUCCCACGGGUACCACAAUCACCACGACUACGUCGGCCAAUGGGGUUACUACGACGACGGUGACGUAUCCGACUAUUACGACGACCACCGCGGGAUCUACAUACACUACCACCAUGACGGUUGGUCCGGCUGCCCCUAGCGCAGGACCGGCUGUCUACGGACCUGGAGCCCUUCUCUCGCAGGAGUUGAUCCCCUCCCCAAGUGUAAGCCCCAUUUCCAGCCCGACGUUAGGUCCCAUCCCGGGAAGUCCGAUGCUUGGGCCGAUGGCGGGGUUGAACCUCAACGGCUCAGCAUCGGCUUCGGGGUCGGGGCUGAACAUGGCCAGCCCUAGGAUGCAUCUUAGGAAAAGCAGGUUAAGGAAUGCAAUCACUGCUAAGUUGUGA